AUGGAAAAGUACAACGAACGCCCGUAUUAUCCAUACUCGUGGCACCAGUCUCAUGAUCAGGCGACGGUGUUGCUCAUGGUGCCGUCGAGCAUCCAGGAUGAGGAUCUGUCGGUGGUCAUAGACCGACAUCAUCUCAUCAUCACCGUUAAAGACCUCCCGCCCAUCGUCAAGGGACGGAUUUACGGAGCGGUGGACACGAGGAACUCGGUGUGGCAGCUGGAGCCCCGGAUAUCAAGGUCUUCUCGCGAGCGAACGAUCUCCUCUGUCUCGACGGCAUCGACGGGAACACAUUCGUCGUACGCCCUCGUCUCCUCCGACCCGGACAUCUCCAGCAGCUUCGCGGCGUCGCUCGAGAGCACGAGCGGGCAGGUGUCCGACGCCGAAGACGUUUACUCACCCUCCCCGGCCCACUCGUCACCCAACCUGUCUUCUUUUGCGGAUGACGUCCAGUAUCCCCUUCCACGGCGGAAGCUCAAUCCCAAUCCCGACCCUGCCACCUCGCGCUCCGUCUCGCCGGGCCAUGCGCAUCCCAGCAUGACAUCCUCGUUUUCGUCUCUGGACUCGGCGGCCCAGUCGCCUCGAUCCGGCAGGCUCCUAACGGUGCAUCUGGAGAAGGAGCAGUCGAUUAUUUGGCCGUCGCUCAUCGUGGGGCCCGUGCCGGAGUCGCUCGCCUCAAGCAUCGCGAACACCGUCGUGGUCUUCGACGUGGCUGAUGAGCUGGAGGACAAGUAUAACAUGGACCCCACGAGCCUGGCGCUCAUUGGGCUAGAGCUGUGCGAUAUCCGGAAGGACAAGGAGGAGGCGUUUGAAUUCUUCCUGCGAGCGUGGCGGCAAGCUCAUGUGCCCUCGGCUACUAUGCGCCUCGUCUCGCACUACCUACCUCUUGAGGGGACGUCGAAGUUGGUUGACACGUUGGAAGACCCUUCGCGCGGGACAAUGGAGUACUGCUUCAAGACGAUCGGUGGUUCGAGAGGUCUAGCCCAACUUUAUCUUGAAGCAGGCCUGUUGCAUCUCGAAGGCGCAGCAUCUACACUUCUUGCUUCGUCAUACUCUAGCCUCUCGUCCAUCCGCAUACCUCUUCACGCUCAGAUUGGAGAAGGAGGAGCAGAAGCUUGGAGGCGAGACCGCAAAGCUGCAGCCAAGUUCUUCGAACGGGCUAAGGCCUUGCACCCCAGCCUCGAUAUCCCCGCUCUUCCUAUUGAAGGAGAGCUUGAGCUUGAGAUGCCGUCAAUGCCAGUCGCAGCAUCGGCGCCGGAGAGCGAGCACUCAAAGGAGUCGCUUUACGCGGAUUCAGAGCCCGAAGGGCCGAUCGUACGUCGUCGACGGAAAAAGGAAGAGCAGCCCGGCAUCCUCGACAAAACGGAGUUGGAUGACGUCGACAGUACGUGGUACCUCUACAUCCCUGGAAUCAUCGGAGCAGGAACGGCUCUCCUUGUUGUGGGCAUUGUGGGUGCGCUUAGCUUCUCGAAUUGGUCCAGGAGGAACCAAGGAUCGUGA